ACAGACGUGUCCCCUUCAACUUCCUAGCGGGAAGCAGGAGUCGGGAGCUGUCCUUAGGUAGCAGAAAUCAAUGAUAGAUACAACAGGAUAUCAAAAAUGAGACUGUCCCGAGCUGAAUAUAAAGAGAUUGCGAGGUGGACUGAACAACUUAGACCUACACGGCAAUGUAUGAAGAUGCUGAAGGACAGAUUUCCUAAUCACUCGCAGUCCACUCUUCUGAGCAUCUUCUCCCUGGAGUACCAGAAAAGGACAAAAAGGACCAUCUCAAGACACCACACACCAGAUGUUAUUGAAUGCCACUAUCAAAGGUAUCUGAGUGAAGCCAAGGCACGUCCCACUGCUCCUGUCCUGCUGGACUUAGCCAAUGAGGUGGAUCUGUCUCCUGCUCUGAUGGCUCGUAUCAUCCUGGACAAGUUCCUCCAGGACAUGGAUGGUGAAAUGCCCUCCAAAACAUUGCUUAACAGCAUGCUGAAGGACCCAUCACUAAUUCCAGACCAAAUAUUGGCCAAUAAUAUAUACCAAUGCACAAUAAAUGACUGCUGUUAUGGACCACUGGUAGACUGCAUCAAACGUGCUAUUGGCGAAGAGCAUGAGGUACUGCUGCGUGACAAAUUGAAGGAGAAGAACCUUUCAUUCCUAGAUGAAAACCAGUUGAGAACUAGGGGUUACGACAAAACACCUGAUAUCAUCCUGGAAGUUCCCAUUGCUGUGGAGGGACACAUUGUACAUUGGAUUGAGAGCAAAGCUUCCUUUGGAGAUGACCACAGCCAUCGCACCUACCUCAAUGAACAGUUCUGGAGCUACUGGAACAGAUUUGGUCCAGGCCUUGUGAUCUACUGGUAUGGUUUCAUAGGAGAGCUGGACUGCCAGAGGGACAGAGGUAUACUACUUAAGGACUGCUUCCCUACAGACAUAGUCAUCCUGUGCCAUGCCACCCACCAGAACCAUUCACCAGAGAGCCAGAAAAAAGACAAAGAGUGAUAAAAGAUUGGAAGUGGACUUAAAAUUGUUGAAAAAGAAAAUUAAAGAUGAGAGGUUGAAUGGGAGGAAAAAGGGAGGGCAGCAAGGAGGUGGGAAGGGUAGGAAUACUGAACUAUGCAGGGGCGGAUACUUGGAUCCGGAAGCAAUUUGGCUUUCCUGCAGUGUAAAUCUGCCCUGAACUUCAGCUGACCCUCUUUCUCUGUCUGUGUCCCUCCAUCUUCCUCUCAUUCACUGCUCUAAAGUAACUGCAUGUAAACACAACACAGCAUUCUGGACAUCUGUACACUGCCAGAUUUUGCUUUUUGUCAACACCUGGCCCUUGGAUGGCCUUUUACAGUGGAUGACCGUGGUGCUGGCCAGGGCCAAAGCAGGACGUAAGACCCUUCCUUAUCACACCCAAAGCCCUGGCCUUUCUCACUCCUUCCUGCUCCUUUCCAUAGCCAGAUAAGUGAGGUGCAGCCUGGAGGCUGGGUGGACGUCUGCCUCUCACCUGCGUCACUCAGUGCCCUCUCAGUCACUUUCCAGGGGGGUAAACAGGAUAAUUUCUGAUUAAAGAUGUCUAUUUAUGAUUCAACUACAUCUUGUCAAAUUCAAACUUUCUCUAAAGUGUGCAUUAUUGUAAUUACAUCGAUUAAAAAAAAAAAAAAACAAGAAUAAAAUAAUUAUAGAUGUCAACAUGUUAGCUCAGCUUUCCACAACGGUCCUGCUAACCUUGUUUGCAAACUACAGGAUUUAUAUUUAAAAUUAGUAUUUGGUAUGAGCUAACAAUUAUGUACGUUAAAACUGUCCACUUUUUGUGAUUCCUUAAUUUAUCGUUUAGUCUAUAAAAUGUAAGAUCUUGGACACUGGCCAUGACAGUGAUGAGCAGCUCAAGAUAUUUAAUGUUUUAUGAUAAACUGUAAAUAAAAAAAAAUUAAUACAAUUCAUCCCAGAUUUCUAAUGUGUUAAAGGGCUUGUCAAAUAUUGUUAUGAUUAAUGUUUUGAUAACUCAUGGCUUACUUAUUUAACUCAUUUGUUUUGGUUCUUAUCUCUGCAUAUUGUUAUUUAAAGGCAAACCAUAGGGGAAAAGAAUCAGGACAGGAAAGAAUCAAUAAACAAAAACAAAACAAUGGUGUCAAAAGGUUUACAAGAGACUAGAUGGUAAAAACAAGAAAAAAAAACUGUUCUCACACUGGAGUCAAACUUGGGUCUCCUUAACAAAGGUCCACGGAUUUAUCGUGUUUUUAUUAUAUGGUUUAGAAAGCUACAGCUCCCUUUAUUCUUUUUUUUUUUUUUUUUUUUUUAAUUAUUUAUGUAUUAUUAGUAUUCCACAAAAAGAUAGCAAUGUUAUUGAUACCAGUUGAUACUUUUUUGAAUGACACUUAUCUAAGCGGGGUGUACAGCGACGUGGAAACAGCAGACCACUGAUCAGGCCGUCAGUCAUCACGUGGGGGCCUUGAAACAUCUCUGCAUACACAAGAGCACACAUCCUUGUUCUAUGAAGUCGAACAAAUCAGAUAGUUUGUACGGAUUGCAGGUUGCGUGCAUGAGUACAUGAGCAUGUUUAUUAACUGUGUGGAUUUACAAUCUGUUUUUUUCUGCUGACAGAGCUCUAUAGCCCUGAGCCGUUCUAUACCAUGUCAUGGAAGAACACCAUUUAUAGCACCACCAUCAAUAAGAAAAUUAAAUACAUUUUAUUUUAAAAUUACCUGAAGAUGGUAAAAAAUUUAAUAAUUAAAAACUAAAUCCUUUUAAAUCACAUUUUUACUUUCACAGACAACCAGCCCCCCUCCCUGCUUGAUCUAUGAUAAAGAAUUUCUCUUGUACUGCCCGACUUUGUACAUCUGUCAUCUAAUAAAGUUUAAAAAACUUUCAUGAGUAUGUUCUUGUCAUGAGUAUUAACACCAUGCACUUUAUGCACUCAUACUCUACUACUUUCUUGGCCAUUUGAGUGCCUACAUGUGCAUGGAAACACCUGA